CCGAUCAUUUUGGGCACCAAAAGACGCCCCGCUCUCAAACCCGCCAUCGACAUUCUUGCUUCUUGGGCUUCGAAACCAGCCUGUUUGCUAGCUACCACUCGUAUUUUCCUCGCACACGAUGUCCCCAACAACGAUAAACGAAGAUGCAUUUCUCAAGUUGAAGAACCUUUCGGCGUGGGUUUCCGACACGAAGGAAUUCAAAAAGGAACAAGAAAAUCUUUUCAGAUGCGUGGAUGAAGGCCGUCAUGUCAAAGUUGCCCCUUUACUGGAAGAUUUAGGGUUCGAUAAGAUCAAGGUGAUUUGGCUCAUCUCAGUUUCGGGAAUACAACUAAGAUGUCCACAGGGAUAUGGAUACUCAAUCUGGCGCGUUACGGGAAAAAUAUCACUCAAACCAACACCUCAUUACAAGUCCCUAUUCUUUCCUCUGUCUAUCUCGUCUGGGUCUGAUAGUGCAGCGGGAGAAGUUCAAGCCGCGGGCGAGGUGCUCACUCCGGGAAUAUAUGUUCCAUUCACUACCCUGAUAACUCUUGACAGUCAAUUAGAUUGUCUAAUUGUUUAUCUACCGGAGACUGGUGUUCCAUCCGCAGCUGGGAAGUGACGUGUGACGACUACAUUUAUUGCAGUCAUGUAUCUGCUUUGU